CUCUCCUCUCCCUCUCCUGCCCCCUAAGACUUAGAAUGCGGCACUCUCGGCAUCAUGAAACCAACCCACCUCCCCUCGGGCAUCGACCCUUCCGCCGCGCGGAAAUGCAUCGAGCACCCCCUAGGAAAAAUCAACGACGACCGCUCCACGCCUGUGCGCCGAGACCUCGUCGAGCGCACCUGCUGGUACGGCAAGCCGAGUGGCUGCACCAACGGCUACUGCUGGAAGAGCUGCGGCAACGGGCCCUGGUGCUGGACUGCGCGCAGCGGCGGCUUCGGCGACUGGUACACGUGCAGCAAGGACAGCGACUGCAAGACGGCCUACGCUUGCGGGCAAGUGGCGGGUGAUGGCAAGUGUGACUCUUGCGGCUGCAGUUGUUAGAGGGGGAG